AUGACAGCUAUUCACGAAAGAAAAAUAUUUGAAUGUUGUGCGUGUUACAAUAAUUUAUGCUAUUAUUUAAUUGAAGCUUUUAUCGAGGAGGGUUAUCACAGUACAAAUCCUUACCACAAUAGUGUACAUGCUACAGACGUCACUCAGGCAAUGCAUUGUUUUCUCCAAGAAGAAAAGAUUAAACCACACCUAACCAAUUUAGAAAUUAUGGCUUCCUUGAUAGCGGCUGUAACACAUGACUUAGAUCAUCCUGGUGUCAAUCAGCCAUUUUUGGUUGCGACGAGUAAUCAUUUGGCUGCACUUUAUCAGAAUACCUCUGUUCUCGAAAAUCAUCAUUGGAGAUCAGCCGUAGGAUGUCUUCUAGAUAGCGGAGUCUCGGCAGAAUUACCGGCCGAUGUGAGACCGGAACUUCAACGGCAUAUCAGUUCAUUAAUUUUAGCAACAGACAUUACGAGACAACAAGAGUUUCUUACAUGUUUUAGGGAUUAUUUAAACCACAAUUCUCUCGACAUGAAACGCGCGGAAGAUCGUCAUUUUAUUUUGCAAAUUGCUCUAAAGUGCGCCGAUAUUUCCAAUCCUUGUAGACCGUGGGAUAUAUCAAGAAAAUGGUCUUACAAAGUUUGCGAGGAAUUUUUCAGACAGGGCGAUUAUGAGCGUCGUCUAAAUCUUCCGGUAACACCGUUGUGCGACCGACAUACCACUAGCAUCCCAAAGAUCCAGGCUGGUUUCUUUAAGCACGUUGUUACUCCUCUUUAUAUGGAAUGGCACCGUUUUCUUGGCGAUGGCCUAAGCGUAUCAUUAAUGGAAUACUUGAAGACGAAUCAGAAAAAAUGGGAAGCAUUGAUCAAUCAAGAGAUUGAACAAACAGAAACCGAAAUUUCCGAGCUGGACGAACCUGAAGGCGCUAUUAGUUCAGGCGAGGAAACAGCUGCCAAUGAUGAUUCAGGCAGUAUCGAUUUAUUAAUACCAGCCGCUUACGCACAAACAGCGCGAAUGCCGACGCUGCCAGGACGAGUUGGACUCGAUCGUGUUGGUAGGCGUCACUCUGUACCUCUAAGCAUAUCGAAACCGUUGAGUGUACCUUCACGUCAGACACCGAGGAGAGAAAGUCUGCCGAGUGAGCAAAUCAAAGGAAAGAGUUCCUUGCAGAAACUAGAAAAUCAAAGUCUGUUAGAGCCUAGCUCGUUAUCCCUGUUGUCCUCCAAAAGCAGCAUAGCUGAGUCAUCGAAUGUUAGCGCUGAGAGACCAGUUAGUGCGAAGGAUCUCCUACCAGAGACGAGUAUAGCCAGUAUUACCAGCAGUACCGAGGCAUCAAAAUUAAACACUGUUUUGCAAUCGGAUGAUCAAUCUAAUGCACAAAUCAAGCAACUCACACGACAACAGACCUUUCCUCCGUUGCAACCGUACACAAGAACAAGAUAUAUGUCUACAACCACGGAGAUGUCACAAUGUUACACUCAGAUCUUAAUAGAAGCCGACAGUUCUUCCAGUUGUUCAACUCCCACGAAGAACAAAUCGUGUUCAAGCGGCCGAUGUUGUUCGCCACCAUCUUUACAUGAUUCUGAUACAUGCUACCAAAAGAAAUCCGAUACCUUGAAAGUCUCCCAAAAAUUAUUAAUGGUAGAUACCAAAAGACGAGGCUCGACAUUGUCAAAUACGAUUAAACAGAAGCAUGCUCUCAGCUCGGAGCGCCGUCAUUCUAUGCAAACUAUUCGCACCGAUGAUUCUUUUUCUAAACAUCGGCGCAAAAGAUCCUCUUCUGCUCAAGAUUCCGAUUCCACACAGGUGUUCUAUGUUACGUUAACGGGCUCUCACGGAGACAAGAACAAUGUUUCUGAUAUGUCUGCUGUGAAAUCUAAAUUGAAUUUGGAUUGUAAUGUCAAACGUAACCGUCAUAGUGCGAAAUUGACAGUUCAAGAACUGCGGACUACGUUAUCAUCUAAAAAAUUAGAUCAAUGUACUUCAUCGGCUAAGAGUGCGUAUUUUGAUCAAGAGCCGCGAAGAUACUCAACCCCUAUCACAGAGUAUAGAACAAUGAUUGACCAUGCAGGUAGACGAUACACCACGAUACCAGUGUCUUCUGAGUUUAGCACUCAUAAAGUGUUCUUUAUCGGUAGUCCUCCCGAUUCACCGCCUCGUAAUCAGAGUGUGUCCUCGUCGAGUGAUAGUAGUGGUGAGCCAAAAAAAAAUAUCGAUGAUUCGAGUAACGAAGCUGUUAUUAUUGGCAGUAAAAGGGAAUUGGAUUGCACGAAAGAAAAGAAUUCGAAAAUUAUGAAGUUGAGUUCUGACGCGCAGAUGAAGGAAAAUGUUGAUCCCCGUACAAACGACGAUUUCGCUAAAACAUUAGCGUUGUCUCGUAGAGGAAGUCAGGGAUGGGCAAGAAGGCGUGGAUCAGCUCCGGUCGGUCUUCUAUCGAAACUCGAUGACUCUAAUCCAACUACUGUACCCACCAGAAUUGAUCAUAGUUGUAGACGUGGAUCUGUACCGACAGACAUCGCUAGACAUCAAGUCGGAGGUUGUAAUCGGCUCGCUUUAGGACCUCGAGAAAACAAUUUUUUAGCCCUAAGAAGAGCUAGUCUUCCGCAAGAGAUUGCACUGGAAAAUCUUUCUGAAAAUGUCUUGACUUUAACUAGCGAUCGUGAAAGCUUUUCAAUCAACAACAAUAAUAAUAACAACAACAAUAGCACUAAUAACAGCAACAACAAUGGCAUUAGUAAACUAUUCGAUAGCAGCGUUUCUGGAAUGUUUUCCCCGAGACGAGGAUCAGUACCAGCAGACAUAUCCGAGUUACGCCACGAUAUGUUCAGUAGAAAUAGCGUAAAUAGCAAAUCACGCAGCCGCAAGAAAAUUUUAAAAAGACGAAGUAGUGGGGGCCCGGAAAUGUUCACCGGGGAAUCCACCGACGGAAACGAUAAUGGCACAUGGCUCAAAUGGAAGAGGGAAAUAGGAAAGCGCGAUCCUGUUCCCGAAGCGCUUGUCAAACGAAGAGGAUCUCUACCUAUAGAGAUGGUGGCUGUUUCACAUGCUGGAUCAACAUCGGCAUCACAUAGAUCUAGCCUGUGGCGGCUUUAGCGUUCUGUAGAAACACGAGGACCGUCCAUGAUACUAGUAAACAUUGGCAACAAUUUUUCCUUGGAUUAUCAGGGAUAAUAUCAGCGACGAUUGAUGAUUGAAUUUCAAGAUCGUCGAUAUUGAAGGUUUUCUUAUCGAUUGUGAGCAUAAACGAAUAAAUAUUGUAGUUAUAUUUUUGAUGGUUUUAAUUGUUAGAUACAUUACAAAGACGAUAAACUAAUUUACAUUUGAAUAUUUUCAAACCUCUAGUUAAUAAGAGGAUCUAAGAAUAUUCUUAGCAUAUACUAUACAAAUCGAAAUUAAUCAGAAGUUUUACUUUUUAUUAUUAAUCGAGAAAAUAUUGCAAACUUAUCAUUAUACAAUAAAAUCUCGUUUAUUUUGGUCCUCUGGCGAGAUAAAAGCGGAAAAUUCUUGAAAAACAAUUAACAGAUACCACCUUCAUCAUGUGAGGUAUCCAAUCGCUGUACAUUUGCAACUGCGAAGGAAAUUACGCACGUAAAAUUAUUAUUUGCAUGUCGUCAUGUAAUCCGUCUGACAUAAAAGGGAUAUGUUUAUAUUAAUAUUCGCGAAAAUAUGUGUGGAGGGGUAUCAAAAUUAACGGGGUUAAAUUUAAAGAGACUCUACUUUGCAAACAACAUCAAGAUACUAAAUCAUGUAGUCAAUAUAAAUCAGUGAAGAAAUAUAUGAAGUAUAUCUUAAUAUGUAUAUAUAAGAGAUACUUCAGAAGUAGAUUCAAUAUUGAAAAAUAAGAAAAGAAUCUCAGAUAAACAUAUAGCCUGAUUUACUUCGUUUCCAAAUUAUAACUGCUUUUUAUAUUCGAACAGUUUAUACUUUAUUUAUGUUCAUAAAUGCUCAAAAUGAAUGUCUUAUAUGUACCUGAUUUAAAGUCUGCAAACAUUUUAUCUAAGAUCUUAUCCAUUCGUGAAUCUUUAAGUAUUGUUUAGAAAUUUUUAUUAUAUACCAUAUUACUACUUUUAUUAAAAAUAAAAAGAAAAUAAUAGAAAAUUGCAUUAUACAGUACUUCAAUAGACCAUUCCAGAUAGCCAAAUUUGCCAAGAGCAUAUAUAUGAUAUAUUACAAAUUUGUUAUAUAUUAUGUUGACAAAAUUCCGGCAAUAGUCGAGCAUACUUCGCCGUUUUAGCUAAUGUUGGCAGAAACGCAACAGAAAACGAACAAGUUAUGCUGCCAAAAAUUGAAUUUAUAUAAUAAAGACGCAGCACAUCAAGAAAUCAUAAUUGAAUUUGCUGGCAUACUAUUGGCAUACUGCUAGCAUUUUACUAUCUGGGAUGCUUUUCUAGUGAAUAUUUACUCUUUUAUACAGUCACCACAGAUUCAAAAAAUUUUCCGCUGACAUAUGUUUUGUCAAGAUCACGAUUUUGAGAAAAAUAAAGAUAGAUUUAAGAUUUUAGCCAUUGCUCACACAUAUUUUGUUUUUAAAAAAUUAUUAAAAAAUAAGAGUUUGGCCACUCAAAUGUUUUUUAUAAUGAACAAAAAAUAAAAAUUGAUAAACCGACUGAUAAAAUAUAAAAUUGCACGGUUUGUUUUAUUUGAUGGACUUUAAAUUUUCCACGCAGAAAGAUUUAUCCCACAUCACGCGAUACUUUUAGUGCGAAGCUAAAUUACACAGUUUCAUGUAGAUUUCUAAUCUUCCGCGUAAAGCGAGAUCUCCACAUUGUCUGAUUGAAAGUUCACACACACAUACACACACAUACGUACGCACGCACACAAAACAUAUCUUCUUUUUCACUAUCUACUUUUGUAUCUGAAAACAUUAGACAAAGAUGAGAUUAUCUCACUUUACACGAAAAAUUUCAAAUCCAUGGUAACAUAUUUACAAUUACAGAUCUUGUUUCACAGCAAAAGCACUGAGCGAUGUGAGGCGGAGUUUGCUUCCAUGUAAAGAGAUCCACUCUUUUUUCCGUCUACAUUUAUAUAUUUAUUGUUCAAUUUUUUAUAUUUUUGAAUACUUUGUAUAAAAAUCUAUGUGUCUGCUCAGAAUAUAUGUGUACAUAUGCAUAGUAAUAUCUACAUAAACUAAUUUAUCAUUAUUAGUUUGUGUUUGAACCUCCUUUUGGAUAAACUUUCAUUUAUUUAUAAUUUUUUAAUAAACAAUGAACAAUGACUAAAAUCUUUCAAAGAUUACUCAGAGACAUGACCAAUGUAUGUCAGUUGGAAGAUCUUUAAGUCUGAUUAUAUGUGUAAAGAUAAAUAUUUCACCUCACAUAAAAGUUGUAUACAUAUAAAAUAUAAAGCGUUCUAAACAUUUCAAUGAAGUCAUGUAAUAAUUCACAAGAUAAAUGUAUAAAAUAACUCAUGAAUUUAUUAAAACAUAAAAUUAAAUAUAAUUUAAAAAAACAAAGUAAAAUAGAUCAUAUAUUUAUAUAAACCGUUUAUUCUUUUUUAUGUUAAAUUCUCUCAUGAAAUGUGUCUCACAUAUUGAGAUAUUAUAUAAGCAUUAUAUACUGUAUAAGAAUUAUAUGCUAAUGUCUUCCUUGCAAUUCAUGUGUCCGUGUGGGAGAAGUAAACAAAACCCACCGAGGUAAACUCUCUAUUUGUGCCACAUACAUGAAAGUUAUUCAGAAUGCCUCAUUCAGGAAACAAAAUGUAUUUAACCAUGGUUCAAUUUAAAUUUAGUAAUCGAGCUCAUUAAAGAAUAAAAAGAGAGAGGGAGAAAAAAUAUGGUCAUAUGCAUAGAAUUUAUAAUAUGACAAUUUUUUAAUAAUUAAAAUGCUUAUGAAUGGAGAAGGAAAAAAGACUGGUAGAGGACAUUCGCCGCUAUAUACUUAUACGCUGAAAGAGACGUAGGUUGAAAAAAAAAAACGAAAUAACAUUUGCU